UCUCUCAAAUCUACAAACUUUCAUAUUCCCUCAUGGCCAUAGUCAGUGCAAAUGACGUCUUCUACUGCUUCCUCUUCCUCGUGUGGUUCCUCGCCGCGCUCCUAGUCCACUCCCUCAUCAAAGCAUGCUUCAAGCUCAGGCCUCGCUCCAAGGUCCCGCCUCCGCCGACCCCUCUCUCUCUCCCCUUCCUUGGCCACCUCCACUUGAUCGGCCCCGUCCUCACCAAAUCCUUGCAAGGACUCGCCCGCAACCACGGCCCCCUCAUGCGCCUCCGCCUCGGGGCGUCCUCGUGCGUCGUCGCUUCCAGUGCCUCCGUGGCGAGGGAGAUGCUCAAAACCCAAGAGCUCAACUUCUCAUCCAGGCCCGAGUCUGGGUCAUCGGAUCACUUCAUCUACAGGGGAUCGCGCUUCAUCAUGUCUCCGUACGGCGACUACUGGCGGUUCAUGAAGAAGCUGUGCAUGACGGGGCUCCUUGGCGUCCCUCAGCACGAGAGGUUCCUCGACGUCCGUGAGGAGGAGGUCCAGAGGCUCGUCAAGUCGGUGAUCGCGAGCGCAAGAGCAGGGAAGGCAUCGGACCUGAGCAAGGAGCUGACGACAUUCUCGAACAACAUGAUCUGCUGGGUGGUGAUGAGUACGCGGUGCUCGGGAACUGAGAAUGACGCGAAGGAGAUCCACGAGCCCGUGAAGGCGUGUAUGGAGCUUGCCGGGAAGCUGAGCGUUGGCGAUGUGCUGGGGCCUCUCAGGUGGCUCGAUUUUUCCAGGAACGGGAAGAAGCUCGAGGCGGUGCUGUGGGAAUUCGACCGGAUGGUCGAGAGGGUAAUGAAGGAGCAUGAAGAGAAGCUAAACGAUGGAUCGGUUGCAGAGAGGAAGGAUCUCAUGGACGUCUUGUUGGAGACCCACAACGAUCCAACUGCUGAAAUGAAGAUAACUAGGGAUGAAAUGAAGUCCUUUUUGCUGGAUAUCUUCAUGGCUGGCACGGAUACCACGUCGGUGGCCACACAAUGGGCCAUGGCGGAGCUCAUCAACCGUCCGGAAGCCUACAAGAAGCUACAGGACGAGAUCAACUCCGUCGUCGGGCCGACUAGGCUAGUCAGAGAGUCGGACAUCCCGAACUUGCCCUACCUCCGCGCCGUUGUCAAAGAGACCCUGAGGCUCCACCCGUCGGCGCCCAUAAUCCUCCGGCAAUGUGGAAAAGACUGCUCGGUCAACGGUUACCUCGUGGAGGCCAGAUCCAGGGUCAUAGUCAACAUCUACGCGAUCAUGAGGGACCCGGAGAUGUGGACGGACCCCGACGAGUUCGCGCCGGAGAGGUUCCUGGAGAGCUCCGACGAGAAGAUCGGGGAGCAUCAGAUGGAGUUCAAGGGCCAAAACUUCAGGUACCUGCCGUUCGGGAGCGGGCGGCGAGGGUGCGCGGGGGCGUCGCUUGCGAUGUUGGUGGUUCACGCGGCCGUCGGAUCGCUGGUUCAGUGCUUCAACUGGUGGAUGAUGGAGGGAGAGGGGGCCGUCGACUUGAGCCAAGGGCCGGGAUUCGCGGCAGAGAUGGCUAAGCCGCUCGUGUGCUACCCCGUCGUGCGUGUCGAUCCAUUUGAGCCGUGCCACUCGAAAGUUAUAUGAUUCUCGAUGUCAUCGUACCGGUAAAAGAUGUGCUAUUAUAUUUUACCGCUCUUUAUGGAGGAUGUAUGAAUUCCUUAAAGUUCGGAAACAUGAGUAAACUAGAGUCUAUGUAAACUGUAGUCCAUAUGGCGAUCAUGCUGUUAUUAUAAAUGAAGCACUAUAUGCUGCGUGUACAUGAUGGAACUCAACAAUGUGACCGUGGUAG